AUAUCUGGGAGUUUCCUUGCUGUGAAGAAAGCACUUCUAUCUGUUGCCAGCUGUCUGCAGGGUAAUAACAAGGUAGAUCCGACCACAUUUUCUACUCCCAAACCAUAUAAGGGGAGCUUGCAAGGACCUGUUCCUUCUGCACCAUUAGAUGCAUUUCCUCAAAGAGGUUACUCGGUCAGUUCACAUGGCCUUGAUUAUAAUCACAGGGCUUAUUCAUCUAAUCCACCCUUGGAUACUAUUUUAUCUGGUCAGAGAAAGCUUCCCGAAGAAGAGGUUGCUUUCAGAUUGUUAUGCACGAAUGACAAAGUUGCUACCAUUAUUGGCAAAUCUGGUGCCAUUGUGCAGUGUUUGCAAAGUGAAACUGGGGCAGUAAUAAUGGUCGUUGAUGCAGUUGGUGAUUCUGAUGAUAGAAUUAUUUUGAUCUCUGCAUGUGAGAGUUAUGAUUUGAAGCCCUCCCCAGCACAAGAUGCUGUUCUCCGUGUUCAUUCCAGGCUUAUAGAGGCAUGCAUGGACAAAGGAUUAGUUUCUGCCAGGCUUCUUGUGCCUGCACAGCAGAUUGGUUGUUUGCUUGGUAAAGGUGGAGCCAUUAUUGCUGAAAUGAGACGAAUAACAGGAGCGAACAUCAAAAUUUUUGUGAAGGAACAAAUCCCAAAAUGUGCUCAACCAAAUGAUGAGCUUGUUCAGGUGAGUGGAAGUUUUCAGUCUGUUAGAGAGGCAUUGGUUCAUAUUACUAACAGAAUUCGGGAGACCUUCUUUCUACCAAAGCAUUAUCCAAAUAUUGGGAUGUCUCAGUACCUUUCCGUUGUGCCAGAGAUGAUGCUUCCGUGUAUACCACGAAAUGAUGCACCUCCUGUUCGGUAUGCUGCUGUUGGUUUUCCUCAAGUUCUGCAUCCUUCAAUAGAAUCUCCAAGAAACCUUCCUGCCUCUUCACCUCAAUUAUGGACUCCACAGGUAACAUUGUGUGAGAGUGGAAACCCAAAAGGAGUUGCUGUGGGAAGUGCAACUCAAGCGGGAAUUGCACCAAGAAAAACCGUGACUAUUGCAGUUCCGCAACACUAUCUGGCAUUUGUGCAUGGGGAAAGUGAUGGUAACUUGGCUCUUAUUAGAGAGGUAUCUGGUGCUGAUGUCACAAUCCAUGAUCCAAAACCGGGAACGCAUGAAGGAACCAUUGUUUUAUCAGGAUCUCAGAAACAGACUAGUACUGCCCAAGGCCUUCUCCAUGCCUUCAUCCUUAAUGGAUUAUGAUAUCAUACUAAUGAUCUUUUGAUGCCAAAGCAUAAGGAUAUAAGAUACUACUUCUGAUGCCGCCUUAAAUAUGCUAAUCAGUAUUUCUGUGCUCAGCUGCUUAGAUUUUUCGGUAUGCGCAGAGACGCUGUUAUACAGAUUGUUUACAGCUCAUUCUAAUUGUUUGUUUGAUAUAUUGAAAAUUCAUUCAGUAAAGUGUGAAGCUUAAGUAACCAAGAAACGAAUUUUUAAAAUUUUAAAACAGACCAAGUCACUCGCCAUUGAUCUGCCAUGUGGCAGAAGUUGCUCGUUACAUGAUGACUUGUAAGGUGGUGGAAGUAGCAUGCCAUUUGGGGACUUUUAAUUUUUUUUGAAAUAUUAUUGGCUAGUUGUUGGCCAGGCAUUGUGUUGUUUCAACGAGCUAUUUGAGCCUUCUAUACACCCCCAAAUAGCUUCCCCUACUCCUCUGACUGCUCAUAAGCAUUACUUUCUUAGAGUUCUUGCAAAAAAUGUUGGUUGAAGUCAUUGGUGAUGAGUUUAUUUUCA